AUGAUGCCCGUUGAGGCGGGGAAGUUCCUCCUGAGCCUGCGAGAGCUGGGUGGCGGCUCGGCGGGUGUGGCUUGGCGCCGGCUCUUUGAGAACGACGAAGUGAAGUUCGACGACUUUUGCGGCGCCUUAGUGAGCCUUCACUUCUCAGGAGACGUGAUUCGACUCUGGCACGAGCUGGCGGGUCCUUCCACGCCCCAGUUGAAGUUCGAGGCGGUGGAUAAGGAAAGCGCCUUGCUGCUCAAUGCCUUUAAGGUCUGGUGCUCCAUUGGCGAGCGCGAUGGUCCGUUAGAGGUCUUCCGCACCAUCGACCAAGCGUUCGAGGGCAGCGACUCCCUGACGGCGGAGAAGUUUGUGGACGGUCUACAGCGCUUGGGCUUCUUCGAUCCUCCCGGUGUGUUGGCGAAGGAGGCGAUCUGGAAGAAGCUGGAAACGCGGGAGAGACCCGACGGCUGCGACGACUGCGGCCGUGGGAGCUGGGCAUUGUGGGAGGGUUGCCUUUUUGGCGACUGGAGGAUGGUGGUGUGUGAAAAGGGGGUGCGGUAG